GUCCGCUGCGUGAAACAGAAUUCAUUGCAAGUUCUCUUCUUAUUUUCCCUAAAAAGAAGAACCUAACAUUACCAAAAUUUUCAGCGCAAAUAAUCUCCGUUAAAUAACAACAUGGAUUGGAUUAGAGGUGAAACAGUAGGUCAUGGAAGCUUUGGCAAAGUCAGUUUUGCAAUACCCAGAAAACAGAGCACUCUGUUUUCUCCAUCGAUGGUGGUUAAGUCUUGUUCCGCUUCCUGCUCAGCUACUCUGAUAAACGAGAAGCUAAUCUUGGAUGAGCUUAAGGGUUGUCCACAAGUAAUCAUUUGCCUUGGUGACAGCUACACAUACGAAAAUGGCGAAAAGUUGUACAAUGUCUUAUUGGAAUAUGCCUCUGGGGGUGCUUUGUCCGAUAAGUUAAAGAAUUCCGGUGAUCAUAGGUUGCCGGAAUUUGAAGUUAGGAAAUACACUAAAGCCUUACUCAGAGGAUUACACUCUGUUCACAAGAGUGGCUAUGUUCACUGCGAUAUUAAGCUUCAGAACAUUCUUUUAGGCGAAAAUGGUCAAGUCAAAAUUGCUGAUUUUGGAUUGGCAAAGAGAUCCGAAUCCACAAAAGAUGAUAAAUUGCGAUGUGAAUUGAGGGGUACUCCCCUUAAUAUGUCGCCUGAAAUGGUAACGGCAGGUGAACAGGACGCUCCAUCAGAUAUCUGGGCACUUGGGUGUGUAGUUGCCGAAAUGGCAACAGGUACUCCAGUGUGGAGAUGUUCAGAUAUGACAAAAUUGUUGAUGACAAUUGGAGUUGGUGAUCAAUUGCCUGAUUGUCCUGACAAUUUGUCCGAAGAAGGAAAAGAUUUUCUAGGCAAGUGCUUUGUGAGGGACCCAAAAAAGAGAUGGACAGCUGAGAUGCUUCUAAAACAUCCAUUUGUCGCUGAUCAAGAUUAUGAUGAUGACACUGUUACAUUGACUUGCGAGAGUGGAAACCCCUCAACAUCUCCUAGGUGCCCAUUUGAUUUUCCAGAUUGGGUAUCUGAUGACUUUGCUGAAUCAUCAGUAACAUGUUCAAUUACAUCUCUGCCAUCGCCGGCGUUUCAAGAAUUGAUGAACUUGAGUGACGGGUCAUGGUCCACAUCGCCGGCGGAGAGGUUGCGGGGAUUAGUCAGUGAACGUACACCUGAAUCUAAAUGGUCUGCUGGUGAUGGGUGGGUCAGCGUUAGAUAAUGUCAAUAUUUUAGAUAGCAGCUUUGAUUUUUUUUUUUCUCUAAUUUCUUUCACUUUAGUGAUUAGGAUAGGGCAAUUUAUUCAAUUCUUUUGUACAUAGAGAACAGAUACAUCGUGGACGAAAUUAGGUGAUGAAUUUCUGUAUGAUGACGAGGGAUUUGUACAGUUAAAGAGUAUCUUGUUUCUCCAA